UAUAGAUAACCUAUUACGAAAAUCGUAUGCACAGUGUAACGACUAUCGAAUCACUCAGUUUAAAGAAAACGAUGGAUCGGUUCAGUGAGUUGGUACGGGUUUUGUUUUUUUUAAUUGUCUACGGGGUAAGUUACUCCACUCAAGUUCUUUACCCUUAUGGACCGACGGCUGGAGAUGUUCAAUUACGAACGGCGUAUUCGAUUGCCAGUGAAGGUAUUCCAUUAAGAGUCCCCGUGAAAUUUUAUAAUGAUACUUAUGACACAAUAUUUGUAAGUUUAAAAAUUAUUUAUUUUAUUUUAAAAGUUAAUUCAAUAUAAUAUACAUGCAGUAUACAGAUUAUUAAUAUUGCAUUUAAUUUUAUAAUAUUAUUAGAUCGAGGCACAUUUUAAUUUUAAUUUUCAUGUAUGACAACAAAAAUGUGUGGACCUAUUAUUUGAUUGAAAAUCUAACACAAAUUAUUAUUUAUAGUUUCUGAGCUUUAAAUUUAUCUGCGAUGUACUUAUGUCUAGAUUACAGCUAACAAUACUAAAAUGUUUAAUAAAUAUAAAAAAAUAAUUGUAUCUGCCUAUCUAAGUAAGUACCUACUCAUAAUUUUGGUUUAUAAACUUGAGCAUUACUAUCACAUUUUAUAUACCUACUCAAUUGAAUUUUAGUGAGCAAUGGAGCGAUAACUAAAUUGAAAUACACAAAUAAUAUCGGGAAUUUAUUUUGUUUUAUACGGUUGUGCAGAAAUAAAAAAUUGGUAUUACCAAAUUAAAAAAAAUGUUCAUUCUUUUUGUUGAUUCUUUUACUAUUAAUCACGUUUUACAAAAUUAAUUGAAUAUUGUUGUUCAUUGAUGUAUAAAAGGUUUUUUUUUUAUUGAAUAGGUCAAAUAGUUAGACACAAGAGAUAACAUUUCCGGGAACUUCAAAUCGAUAAUUAUCUUGGUUAAUAAUCAAAAUAUAAACGCAUUAUACUUACUUGUAUUUUUCAGUUAUAAGCUAAAUAUAUAGUACGUUAUAUAGUUGUGGUUAAAUUAAUAUGGGCGCAACAAAAAAUGUAUGCCUUCCUGUUAACUUUGAUUCAGUGGCAUAGCUCAGAUUUCACAAUGGGGAGAGGGGCCUAUAUCGAAAGAAAACGUCGGAACAUUGCAGGUGCUUUGUAAAUCGUCGUUCCUCAUACAAAAUAUUAUACCUACUGUUCGUGGAUAGGCCACUGUUGUAAAUAGGAAAUUGGAAAGAUAAUAUAUAGAAUUAUGAGCCAUAGGGUAAAUUUAAUUUUUCCAUUUUUUUUACGUAAUGAUAAUUAAAUUAUUGCCAACGGCAAACGAUUCCUAGCGAAAACAAUUGUACGUAUUUUUUAAAGCCAAAAGACUAUUUUAGAUUUCGAUCGUAACGAGAGGGAGUUAUUGGUUUUACAAUGCUGUUUAUUUUUUUUAGAUUCCGAACGUAGAGCCGGAGUUAUUGGUUUUACCUUAGAUUUUUAUUUCAUUUUUUUCUUCUUUCUUUCUUCUAGUCUGUGAACACGUUUUUUCUCAGUAGACUUGCUUCGAUACUUACGUAUAUCAACUUUUCUAAAAGCUCGAGUUGUCUAAAUUGUAUUUAAGAGAGAUCAUUUUUUGAUUUUCGACAUUUUCGGUCAUUUCUUAAAUAAAAGCACUAAAGUUGGAAAAAUCGUAGGAAAAUUUACAAUUUCAUGAUUUCAUUAGUUUAUAAAAACACGGAUGACGUUUUCUACCAGAAAAAAUGAUUUAAUCGAAAAAUCACGAGAUACCUUUUUGAUUUAUUUUCUUACGGUAUACUCGCCAAAAUUUUUGUUUGCUGUAAUUCGGUUAUAAAUACACGUAAAAACUUGAAACUUGGUAAUAACACCUAUUUGUAUUAGACUUACCUAGACGUGAUAAAAUUUCCAAAAUAAUCAGACGACUCUUUUUUUUUUUUUAAUAAGCGUUUCGAAAUCAAAUUUAAUCGUAAAUAGUAAAAAAAAAUUAAGGCACUUCAAAUUAUAUAUUACCGAACAGCGCUCAGAAUCGUCUUUCGACAAGCAAUGGUUUAUCGUUGUUUACAGAUGUAAAUGAAAUAACCUUAUGUUGUAUCCUACCUUCCCAACUUCUUACCUGCAAUAGUGGCUAUUCCCAUCCCCAGUAUCAGCAAUAAAUUGGCCUCCUCAAUGCACCGACUUGACAAAAUGUUCAACAAAAUUAAAUUUUUCGAUUUAAACGUAAUUUCUGAUAGAACAAAUUGUUAACAGACAAAAAAAACACGCUCGAAGUCUUAAAACACACAGGUAGGCCAUAAUUUUCCAGAUUAAUAAAAACUCGGAAUUUAAAAUAGAAUCCUCAACGUAAUAUUCCGGAUUAUAAAUUUACGGAACCCAAAAAUUCGGAAUAUAAAAAGUCCGCAAUGUAAUAUCCCAGAAAGUAAUUUUUCGGACCGCAUUAAUCCAAAACAUAAAAUUACGGAAUGCAAAAUAAUUCCGGAAUUAAGUUAAAAACCAGUGGUUUCCAAAUCUUUUGAAAACGUUUCUUAUCACCCGGGAAGAAGUAAUAGCUUAUAUAUACCCUUCACACUCAUGCAAAUAUUUUAGAAAUUAUUGAUAUUUUCCCGGAUUAUUGCGGUCCUGGAUUUUGUGUUUUAGAAUAUUACAUUCCGGAUUAUUUGCGUUCCAGAUUUGUAUAGCCCUCAAAAAUACAUCACAAAAACUAUAAUAGUUACAUAAACAUGAAUUGAUUACUUAGGACAAAAAUAUUAUACUAAUAUUAAUACUAUAUAGCCAAUGAGCCUAGUUGCCCCAAUGCACUGCUUUGAUUUAGUUUGACAAACUGAUUUUUACGUUUUUUAGAUUUAUUUCAGUUGGUGCCAAUAUUCGCAUGCAAAAAUGUACACACUUGAAUUUAAAAAAAGCCAAUUAUUAUAAUUUUCAAACUGCCCUACUCUUCAGAGUGUAAAUUUACAUGGGUAAAGACGGUUUAACUAUACAGAUGUAUAUUUACCUAUGGGUCUUUGAUGUGAUCAUAAUUUUAGCACUCCCGGAGUUGGUGGUUUAGUUGGCCCUAUGGGUAUAAAAAUUGCGUAAAAUAUCCAAUCCAGUAGCGGUUCUUCUAAAAGACGAGUCCGUCAUGUGCAAAAGAAAAAACAAGAGCUCUUAAUCUUUUAAUCCGAAAAUUAUGAAAUCUUAUACAAAUAGGUAUUAUUAAUUUUUAAUUAAAAUUCCAAUUACAUACAAAAUACAUGUCAAUUGAAUACAAUUCGAUAUUUUGAUACAACAAUGGUAUCAUGUUGAGUGAAGUGCCAUAAAGCAGUAAAUAAUUUUUAAAUUUUUUGUACCUGUUAGUGGUAUAUUUAUAGUGGUGGCCGAUGGGCCCUCUGAAUUUUUUUCCGGAAUGAGGUAUGACAGAGUAAAACUCAUAAAACCAUCACGUAUAAUAGGCAUAUAAUUCUUUCCUCUGCACAAAUGUAAAUUAAAAUAAUAUUUGAUACAAUUAAAUAUUUAUUAUGGUUUUAUUUUCAAUCUGACGUUAAGUAGGUAAGUAUAUAAAAUUAUUAAUGGUUUUAAAAUGUUAUUAGUUUUAUUUUUAGAUCAGUUUUUCGGCGAAUCAUAUUAAGUAAUAACAAUCCCCUACCACUCAACACUUAGUUCCCACAAACAUUCCGACAAAUGACGCCACUACACCAGUGAGCAGUGAUCUAUUUACAUUUUCUACUAAUUUUGUGUAUUGUGUACUCCAUUCUACACUGAGUCUGAAUGCAAUAAUUGAUUAUCAAUAUUAUUGGGGACUAUUUUUGUACAUAUAGCUUAGCCUUAUAUAUAUUUAAUAUUUACUCCAGUUCAAAUCGAUACAUUUAAUUUAAAUUAUUUUCCCCAUACGAGGCCAUAUGAUUGUUUUGCUAAAAUAAAGAAAUUUAUUUUUCCCCCCCUUAAUUUUUUAAAACCACUGUUCAUUCUAGCCCUCCCCCUCUCCCUAAAAUGUCUAUAUAUAAGCCACUAUAGUAGUACAAAAUAUUGUGUUUAGGUAUUUAAUUAAUACAUAUUUUUAACCGAUGGAUAACAACAGCCCCUCCUCCCACUAGUCAAGGGCUCGAUAAUAACGAUACUAACUGCCCCGAUCGUUAUUACUUACACGUACAGAUAUAAUAUAUAAAUAUAAUCCGUGAUUGAAUUUUCGAUUCGUAGGCCAAUCGGGUACUUAACGUGAAAUGCGGUCGAAAAAUGUAAGGACAAAAGUUGUUAGUGCCUAUCUAUAGACCUUUGUAAUAGUGUUUACUAUUUUUGACAUUAAUAUUUUUUAUUAGACCCUCCCCCCCCAAUAACGUUUAACAAUAAAACAAGCUUGUUAAAAUUAAUUGUAAAAAAGACAAAUGUCGAAAGUCUGUGAAAAAUUCAUCCACGAACAAAAAUCAUACGAAACGUUUUUCGAAAAUUUGUUAUUUUUUCUCAGAACCAAAAAUUUAAAUGCGAGAAAAACUUCAUCCAGGCUAUAAACUGUACCAUGUCGAGUCGCAAUGCUUUACGCAAAAUUCCGCGAUUCAAAAAUUUAUAAUGCCCAUGAAAAGCUCAAAAGUUGCUAAAAUGUUUUGAAAAUUGUACCGCGUCGAUAAAAUGCUUAUAAAAAUAUUUUGUGAACAUUUCAGAUCCCUACAGUUAUUUUCAAUUUCUGAAUACGCCAAAAAUAGUAAAUCGAAAAUAACGAAACCGUAUAUUUUUCAGUUUUCCCCCUCAUUAUUCCUAAUUAUGAGGAAAACUUCAAUAAGCAAACAUGAAAAUUAAAAUAUGACUUCCCGCACACUGACUAUAUACGAAGUACAACAAGGUCUCUUCGUAUUUCGAUUGGAGUAAAAUUCCCGGUGGAAAAGUUGUUAACAAACAUAAUAUAGUUAACGAACAAAUUUUAAACAAUCGUAUACGAGUAUAGGUACAUCAUGUAGUGAAACUAACACAAUAUUUGUAGUUUCGGUCAGAAUUUAAAACGGUAAUUUUCGCAAUUGAGCGGACAGUGGCGUACGCAGAAUUUUUCAAUGGGAGGGGAGUUUGAAAAUUGAUAAUGAAUCAGUUGUUUUGUCACAAGUUUGAAAAAUAAAGUAGUUGUAUUCUAGUUCUAACUGAUAAUAAACAUAAAAUAAACACAAAAAUUUAAAAAAAAAAAAAAACUAAUAUUUAGGUAACUAUAAAAAUGUAAAAUAAAAUUUUUAAGCUAGCAGAGUAUUAAAAAAGCCAGAGACCAAUUAAAAUUAGAAUUUUUUGAAUUGUGGGUUGCAUAACUUAACUUUUUUUUGUUGCCACAAUGAAUAAUUAAUAAGUUUUUUUAGUGUGAAAAACUAUGAGAUACGUUUUAUACGAAAACAAGGACGAAAAAUCUAAGUAUACAAAAUAUUAUUAGAUUGACACUGAAAAGAAAUAAGUGAAAACCAAAUUAUCUACAUAAUUGUCUACAUAAUUUAUAAGUUUAAACUGUUACAAUUCAAAUCUGUGUUCGAAAUUCCUAUUUUUAAAUCAGAAGUAUGCCCUCAAUUAAGGUAUAUGGAGUAGGGGUGAAAAAUUAAAAAUGGCUUUAAAAUAAAGCUUAAACGAUUCUAUAAUGAUUAGAAAAAACAGAAAUCAAAUUCAUUUAAAAUCAUCUGAGAUAAUUGCUGGUUCAUGAUAAAAAAAAAAAUCACUCUGUAUAUAUAUUUAUGUAUAUAAAAACGGUCAAUGGGGGAGAACUUCAGCCCCUUAGCUCCCCUCCCCCCUUGCGUACGCCACUGUAAGUGGGUCAAUCGGCGGUUUACUGGACUCGACAUCUUCCCCGUCCCAUACAGAAACAAAGAAAUAACUAAUUAUUAAACACGACAUGCGUGCCGCGGUGUUUUUGCAGGUCAACGGCAACGGGCUGCUGUCGUUCAACAACGAGAUGCCCGCGUUUACGAACUCGCCGUUCCCGCUGGACUACCCGGCGAUGGCCGCGUUCUACGCCAACAUCGACCCGCGGGGCAGCGGGCAGGUAUUCUACCGGGAAACGGGAGACCCGAGGACACUGUCGCAGGCCACCGGAUUGGUAGGCCGGUUCUUUCCGCGGCUUCGAGGCCGGUACACCGCGACCUCCGUGUUCGUGGCCACGUGGUACGAGGUGGGCUACUAUAAGAAGAACGCGGACCGGACCAACACGUUCCAGGUGGCCAUCAUCUCGGACGGCCGGGAGUCGUUCGUCCAGUUCAUAUACCCGUCACCCAUCCAGUGGGUACAGUCGAACAGCGAACUGACGAACACGGGGCUGGAAACCAAGGCCCAGGCCGGUUUCAGCGCAGCCGACGGGCGUAUAUACAUGUUACGCGGUUCAGGCAGCGAUCAGAUACGCAACCUCGACAGGUAUACCCGAAACCAAAAUGGUGGUAUUAAUCCACUCGGAAAUAUUCAAAUCCGUUAUAAAAUAAAUGUUUACUAGAAUAGUAUUUUUGAAAAUUCGCAUUAUUUUACGGCAAUGUUACAGCAAUAUGUGUUUUCGGAGGUCUUACGACGAUGGCACUCUGGCUUUGAUAAACUUAUAAAUAACAUUUUUUCUUUUUUUUUUUUUUGGUGGGGGAUGGGGAGGAUAUUAAUUGACCCAUUUGUUAUGGUUACAUUGUCCGUAAUUAUGAAUAGGAAGUUAUGAAUACAAAAUUAUUUAUAAAACCACAUCUAAAUCAAUCAGUUCGUCAUCUUAAACUGUUCUAUGUCUAUGUCUAUGGAUAAAGCUAACCCAACCAAGCGUUCUUUAACUAUAUUCGAGCUCAAUCAAGAUUUUACUCUUAAAUUUAAAAAUACAAAACAAUACAAAUUUAUAUAAAUAUCCGUGCAUGAUGCAAAAGCUGCAUGUAUCUAAAUCUACAAAAUGUAUAAUAAUAAUACAUUUCGAUGUUCAAACCACAGCUGGUAACAUUAAUGUUUUAAAACAUAGAUACAAUAUUAAGUAACGAUAACAUCCGCAUGUAACUAUCCUUUGAUGUAACCACAUUAUAAUAUAGUGGCCACAUAUGACCAUGAUUCCUCAUCCCAAUUUGAUCAAAAUUUAACAUUUAUAUUACUUUGAUAAGUUACAUCAAAAAUCUAUAGCUGAUUGCCCGAUUAAAAUUAGUGAAAAAUUUAAAAAUAUUUAUAAGCUCGAAAGUAAAUAUGAAUCAUGUCAUUAAAACAAUUCUCGGGACCGGGCAAAUUACCCUCAACUACGUCACUGUCUACGCUCCCCUAAAUUCAAUUAGUACCUACUUUCACAGCGUCCAGUUUUAUUAGUUAUAUUAUAUUAAAACCAAAAUCGUCAUUUGCUUACGUGCAACUCUGUCGUUCUUAAUAAUCAUAUUAUAGCGUUUUUUUCGAAAUUACCCGAUUCGACGUCCUCUUUCAACCUUUGUGGGGGGGGGUUUAAAGUUGAACAGUGUGUCGAACCAUUUAUAUGAACGAUAUUUGUGUUGUUCAAAAUUAAAUCGGGGAACUGAAUUUUCGAAAAAUCCUUCUUUUUUUUUUUUUUUUUGGCGGUUGCCCACGUUAUAUAAGGAACCUCUUUAAUCUCCGCGGACGUUCAAUGAUCCCGUCGUGCGGUUAAAAUAUGAAUAGUGUGUAUAUACAUUAUACACUUUCCCCUCAAACAUUGGUUUACUGUCGAAUAAUUAAAUAACCUAAAUUGAUUGACAGAAAUUCAAUGGAAUAUGGACUUUAUAUGGAUGAUAUUCCCACCGCCGUGCGAAACCAAUUAUUAUUUUACAUACACGUGUAUCGGUAUUCAGAUAUUGUUAAUUUAUUGUAUAAUAGGCACGCGUCUUAUCGUACAUAAUAUGUAUUACUAUUAUAGUCGUUUGUAUACACUAAUUAAUGGCAAACAUGUGUACAGAUAUUUGUUUGAAAAUAGUAUGAAAAUAAGUCGGUAGUCGGGACGUUGGGAUACAUACAAAGUUAUUUAAUUUAUAUAUGUAACAAACGAUAAACCACCGCUAACGAAAAACAAUUCGGAGCGAUUAAUUCGGUUAUAUCUAUACGUGAUUUGAAAAACCGUAAUAUUUACGAUUUUCGUCAAAAUUUCAUUUUCGAACUCUAAUAGAAAACAAAAAAAAAAAAAAAGCGCAAUUAAUAGUAAAACCGAUACGCUCCGAAUCUAAAACCGUUAUNUAUCUAUACGUGAUUUGAAAAACCGUAAUAUUUACGAUUUUCGUCAAAAUUUCAUUUUCGAACUCUAAUAGAAAACAAAAAAAAAAAAAAAAAAAAAAAAAAAAAAAUACAUAACACUGAAUUUUCUUUAUUUGAUCACUAUGUAUGAGUCGCGGCUCGCCGUAAAUAUUUGCCGUUUGUCUAUAAUUUUCUGUCGGAUUUUUCUCAAUUAUUUUGAAAACCCCUUGGAAAAUCAAAAAAUGACCUUUUUAAAACACCGAUUAGACAAAAUUUUCUUUCAAAAAAGGUACUAAACUCUAUUCAUCGAAGAAGAGAUUUAUUUAUAAAAAGUUGUAUACAGACAGAAAAAAAAAAAAGAAGCGCAAUUAAUAGUAAAACCGAUACGCUCCGAAUCUAAAACCGUUAUCUAUUAUAUUUUUAUUUUAAUUAGGCACCAUAACUUUUGUAUACUUAUAGAUACCUAUUAUUUGAAUUUGGCUAGCUAAAAAUUAUCAGAAAUAUUAUUAUACUUGGGUAUAGGUAGCUGUGUUGAACAAUGUAUAUUGUUACUUAUCGCUGACUUUAGUUUUAUCACGUUAAACAUUAGUACUGUACACUAACGUAUGACGUACGUUCGCCUUUUAAUUAAAAGUGUUAAUUAAUAUAGAUAGGGUUUUAUAAUAUAUAAUAUUAUAAACUCAAUGGUAAUAUUAAUAUACUUACAAAUUAUAAUUUUUUUUUUUAACGCGGGAAUAUCUAAAAUAUUGUGGCGGACUAAUAAUAUAGUUCACCAUAAGUUCACUCCUUCCUGUUAGUUAUUGAUCUUUACGAGAAAAAAAAAAUCCAAUUUAAAAUGAAAAUAAAUACCAAAAUUAUACAUCCUGUAGACAAAUAAUACAGGCUGCAAAAUACUCGAUUGUGUACCUAUGUAUACUUAUCACGGUUAUAUGGAUAUCUAGUGGCUGGUGGACGAUAAUACCCUAUUAGCCACUAUAUAGAUUGGCGCCCUGCAUAUUUAUAAUACAAUAACGUUCGUAAUUAUUUUUAUUUCAUUAGGUAUAUUCUUAUGGUAUCGAAUGCGGAUAAUUUGCAAUUAGUUUACCGAUUACAAUAUACUGUCAUCCACACUUAUUAGAUAAGUGAUGGCAAUGACGCAACCUGGAAGGAGGUCAGAGGGUUAUAACCAGAAUAGUUUUAUACAUUUCAAUUAUUUAAAUGACAAUUCAAAAUAUUGUUCACGGAUGUUUAAAUGUUUGCGUCUCUGAUCAAAUAUUUAUCUGUAGAUGAAUUUAUCUAGACACGUUUUUGUUUUAUCUUAGAUAAACAUUAGACAACUUAAACAAUUUUUAUUUAGAUAAGAUAAAACACCAGAAGUUAUUAUCUAUACAACACUGACUAAAACACCACAAGCCCUCCCUGACCAAAAUGUCUCGUUAUGUUUGAAAUGUCCAAAAAGUACAUAGGUAUGCGUUAUACUAUUUUAUUCAAUCGUCUUACAUUAACUUAUGGAACUUUUUUUCAAGCGAACGAGGGGAUUUCAAAAUUAACCUGCCCGAAAAGCAUACAAAUACAUAUAGAUUCGUUAUAAUAAUAUUAUAGGUUUGUUAUUCCUAUACUGCGCAAGACUCGUUAUUGGUUAUUUUAGGCGUAUGCGUAUAAUAUUUUGUUGUACGUUUUUAAAUAAUACCUACUCAUCGUUAACAUAAUCAUAUAUGCUUAAAAAAAACUUCAAAUUGCACGGUGUAUAUGUAAAUACAAAAGUAACUGUAAAGGUACAUAACGAAAAUUAUACAUUUUAGAAGAUUAUUCUGCUAUAUAAUACAAUAUAUAUCUAUUGUCAAAUAAAAUCUGCAGUUUUAUAAUAAUUACGUUGAUUUUUUUUACUGGCCUAAUCGCUGUAGUUUAUUAGAAUUGCAUACCUGUAACUUGUGGUUCGUUUUUUUUAAAUGCCGUAAUACGUAAUAAUCGUACAAUAAUAAAAUUGGUAGAUUCCUUUCUUGACGCGGGACAUUCCCGGUGUAACAUUCAGAUAUACAGAGUGUAACUGGACUGUUUGACAUUUUUAUAUAUAAUUACAAUUUAAAAAUGUUACACUCUGUAUUUUAUUAAUCAUUUUAUUUUUAGACGUGCCUUUAUCCGUUCUUCUAUCAGUUCUAUUAAUUGUACGGUCGUGUUUAUUUUAUAGAUGGAGCAAUACGGAUGCACCGGGCGUUUGGUUAUAUCGCGUGGGCGACAUCGGAACCAACCAGAACGUGGAACCACCAGAAUUUGUCGGCGGUGCCAGACCAGGUGCACAAAUAAAAUUAAUUUUUAGUAUUGUAUUUUAUUCGCAAAUAAUAAAAAUUCAAAUUUUUAAUUUUGUCCGUGUUAAAUAAUGAUUGCAGACGUAGGUUUGACGUGUGCGGUGACCGGAUCAUUGUGUCACAACCAAGCCUCGUGCGUAGAUUAUGAUCAAGGAGACAUGUGUUGUAUAUGCAAACAAGGAUACUUUGGAAACGGCGUUACUUGUAUUAAAGAAGGCGAGUAUUUUUAUUGUAAUAAUAAUAUUAACAUACAUAAUAGUAAUGGAAUAUUUGGUAGAAAAAAAAAAAGUAUUAUUAAUAAUACAAUUUUUAGGUACAGUACAGUUUCACAAGUUCCACAGUUCUAUACAAACAUUAGGUGUUCGGCUUUUGGACAUAUUAUUUCUAUAAUAUGAUAAAACUUUCUAAUAUUAUGGUAUAGUUGUUAAGUAUAUAGUGUUUUCUCUUAAAAUGAAUUAUUCGAAUCAUUCAGCUGUAGGUAUGUUGAGUGUUGACUCUGUUCAAACAUAACGCGUAUCAUUGAAAUCUUCUACAAAUAUGUAACACCCGAAUGAAAGUUGAACAUUUUGCAGAAAAAAAUCAAAAUGUCUAGCGAAUUAAUUAUAGUCGAACGUCAGUUGUCAUAAAAUCAUCACGUGUAGUCCAUAUAUGUGAUAUAAUUAUGUAGGAGAAGUGGAGAACUGCAUAAGGUACCUAUACAAUUUCAAAUACAAUAAAUCACGAGUGUACGUAUAGGUACAUAGCAGAGCCGCAGGGGUGGCCAACUUUAAUAGACUUAAUAAGUAAUAAUAACGUUUAAUUUCACAGUUUUACACAACACGUAUUUUAAUAUAUCUGACUACAAAUUAUUACUUUUAACUUAUUGUUAUUUGACAGAAUUUGUUUAUUUAAUUACACUCCAAUAAGACGUUUGUGCUUGCACGUAUGUUGAUUUGAUAAUUUCACAAAAUCUGGGAUGGGAUAUAUGACGACAAAGAUAAUCUCAAGCUAUCUUCAGAAUGCGUAUCAAUCAAGCGUGAUCGGUGUAUAAUUUUAUUUUUCAUAGUUAUUUAUUGCGUUCGUCAAUAUUGCUAUUAAUCUAACUUAUGUUUUCGUGGAUAAAAUAAAUGUACACGAAUUUAUAAAAUAUUAAAUAUUAAAUGUACAAUAAAAUAUCAAAAUACAAAUAGUUAUCGGCAGAGCGCACAGAUAAAGAACUAAUUUUUGACAAAAACCUGAAGCCCUCGCGAGCCAUGUCCGCCGUUGAUCCGGGCGCGCAGGGCGUCAUGGAAGCGAUGAACAACAAAACGGUUCGCGAAAUUACAACGUGACGGCUGUCAGACUGUGUAGAUCGGCUAUACUGCUCCGAUACCCGCAUUUGCAAUGGCCAACUGUAUAUGCGUGCAAUGCAAAUAGAACAUUAUAGAUCUAAUAAGAAUUUUGAAUUUUCCGUUCUAUAUCACGCGUAUUGUCGAUUCGUUAUUAUUAUUAUUAUUAUUUUUUUAAUUGCGUACAGGUAUUCCUGUCCGGGUGGGCGGCAAAGUCAGUAUAGACGUCAACGGGAUUAUCGUGCCGGAAGCGGACUUACAGUCGUACGUGGCCACGCUGGACGGCCGAGUGUACAUGGCCAUCUCGGGCGUGCCCACCAGUCUCGGUUUUGAAAUGCAAUACUUGUCCGUGUUCCCGUCGGUCGUCGCUUGGCUGUUCUCGCUGCAUUCGGAAAACGCGUACAACGGAUACCAGUUAACAGGUAACCUAUAAUACUGGCCACGUAUACACGUAUUAUAUGUGAUCAGUAGUGGCGUGGAUGGGCGUCUCCUAUCCUAUGAAGCGGCAGCUUUGUGACCAAAUCUGGUGGGCGAGUGGGUGUCUGUGUAACGCUUUAUCACUUUUAGAUAAUAAUAAUUAAAAUGUUUAAUAUCAGUAACGUCUGGUAGCCAGGUAGCCUUAAUUACAGCUCCCGAUUCUCCCGGGCUUAAGUCGUUAUGAAGGUUUUUUUUUGCUAUUUUAUUGCAAUUUCUGCAUAGAAUAAAAAAGCGUUUGGAAAAUUCCUUUUGAGGAGGAAUGCAUUCCAAAAAGUUGUUCACAGAAAAAAGAAAUAAUAAUAAAAUAAACAUCAUUGUAAAACCAAUACAUUCCUCGCUUCGCUCAGAAUCUUAAAUGUUUGUACGCCAUGACUAUUUCAGUCUUUGAUAAAAACAUUUUUUUCUAAAUAUUAUAUUAUACUUAUUAUAUUAAUAGCUAUAAUAUUAAAAUACAUUUCUGUAGAAAGUGAGUACAGUAUUUUCCAAUUAACGUGGUUUUAAGCAUGCACAAACACGCAGUAUAGAAAACUGUACCGUCUGUACAAACCUAGUUAGUUAUUUUUUAUCACGCAAUUUGUAUUAUUUCAGGAGGAGUGGUUAACUAUACUUCCGAGUUGACUUUUCCGGGAACCGAACACAGGAUAACAAUACAUCAGCGAUUUUUCGGACUCAAUUCGUUCGAUCAGUUAACCAUGGACGCCACUAUACAAGGGACAACGCCUUCGGUCCCCUUGCCGCACACUAGGUUCACAUUGCCGAACGAUAAUCAGCAGCAGUAUACAAUAACAAACGGUACGCAUAGAAAAUGGAUUUUUAAACGCCUGUUUUUGUUUUGUGGUAUAUCUUCUUUUUCUUUAAAUAGUUUAUCGAAGACCUGCGCGUUCCUACUAUAUAAAUAUAAUAUUGUAGUUUUUUCAAAACCGCUCAUCUCUGUCUAAAAUGAUACCAAUCCUAUAUUUAUACAGGUCGCAUGCAUUCGUAUUACACGUACAGAUAUAAACAAGAGGGAUCGGAUUUCGAACAGCAAGUGACCGCGGCACAAAAGUUUGAAUUUGCUCAGCCGUGCAAUAAAGCUACCAAAGGGUUCUCGUCUUUUUUGCUACAAAAUUCCAAAGCGUUUACUUAUUACGAAGAAAAAGUUAACAUAUUGCGUCUGGUCAGCACCAAUAACAUAUUUUUGCCUUUUGGUAAGCAUAAAAUGUCUAUUCGGUUGACAGCUAUUAAAUAAUUAAAUCGUUGUAAAAUACUGAAAUGUACAGGUAUCUAUAUCAAUAUUACCAUAUCUAUCUACUUAUAAAAUACCACAAGUCCACAACUUUAAAAUAUUAACAAUUUUUUUAACAAACGUUUCUUACAUAUAAUCAAAAAAAAAAAAAAAAAAAAAAAUGAUAUUGGAUUUCAGAAUUCAUUACUAGAAAUUGUUGACGAAUUUCACAAACACACAUUCUUAAUUAAAAACUAUAUUUGGUUAAUAUCUAAUAAAUUUGACUAUAAUUUACUUAAAAAAAAAAAAACACAGUUAUAUUCUGUAGUGUUUAGAAAAUGUUGAAAAUCGUUUACUUCGUUGUAUAGCUUUUAAAUGUAGGUAAUAUUGUGCAGUGUACAUGCCUUAUUAGAUAUUUGAUAUUCGUAUUUCUAUGUGCGCAACAGUUUUGUUGUAAUUGGUUUUUAAUCCGUUUACAAACUAAAUUGAUUAUUAUUAUUACCUUAUCAACAGAAGACGUGCAGGACCCUUGCAACGACGGACAAACAAAAUGCGUGGCAAACAGCACUUGCGUUCGAGAAGGAAGUACUUUUAGAUGCGAAUGCAAUUUCGGGUAACUGAUGCACUGCAUUUAAUCAGUUUGUGUUUGGUCACUGUUAGUACCUAAUAUAGUGUUUGUAUGUAGAUUCCGCGAGCUAUACGGUUCGGGGUCCGGGUGUAUAGACAUUAACGAGUGUCAAGAGAGGUCCGACCGUUGCGACCCGAACGCCAUGUGUGUAAAUGAAGUUGGAGCGUACAGUUGCCAGUGCAAGCCGGGAUUCGAAGGAAACGGAUAUUAUUGCGGAGCCGUCGCCCCGGUAGCUUCAAAUUCGGGUGACUUUUUUUUUUUUUUAAUUUUGACAGAAGGCAAAUUAUAGAUUUUAGUUUUUACUGACUACGGGCGAACAUGAUGUAACGUCGGGUUGUAGAGUACACAUUAUAGCCAUGGGCGCAAAUAUUGGGAAGGGGUGGUAAGGGGUCUAAAGCACUUCCAAAAAUUCCCAAUAUGUUUUUUAUAGUAUCGUCUAAAUAUUCUAUCGGUGUAUUUCAUAUAAUCGAUAAGCAGAACAUAUGCAAACGAUGCAUAUGUGAUAAAGUUUAAGUAUGUGUUGUCGUGUAGAGUGAAUUGUGGGGCAUUGUUUAUGGGCACGGGUUUAUGAUGUGCCUAUAGUUUUAGCACCCCCAAAGUGGGUGGUCUAGUUGCGCCUACAAUUACAGCAGGGUUGUGUAGAACACAAAAAUAGCAUAUUACACGAGUUUCAAGUUGUCAACACAAACAUUUAAUAUAUUUUAGAACCAUCGCCGCCGAGAAUAGUCGAGAACAGUGUUUGCGACGUGCCUAAUAAUAUCAGUACUUGUUCCUGUAUUCAAGGGUGAGUGACCUGAUCAUAUUAUACGUACUUAAUUUGUAUUAAUUUAUAUAAAUAUUAACUAUAUUUUAAUUUUAACCCCUGCUCAAAAAAAAAAUAAAUAAAAAAUUACCAUUUGGUAUAUUAACAUAUUUUUUUAGAUUCAGAGUGCGUCGAGGAAUGUAUUCAUUUUUCUGUGUGCCUUUUUUUUUUCUAUUGAGAAAAAUCGGACGGAUUUAUGAAAUUGAAAGUUUCAUUUUUUCGAUUUUGUUUUUCUACUUGAAAUUUUAUUUCAAAUUUCAAGAGUAACGUAAGAUAAAUAAUUGGAAAAUAUUCACGGCAUUAUAACGUUUUCAUUAUUCUUUAGUUAUAAUUAGGCUAAAAAUAAAUAUAGAGACAUGACAUUUACACAGAAUACUUAUACUGGCUUUUUUAUACGUGGUAAAAUGUUCAAUACAUUCUGGCAAUUUUUAAGCCAUUGACAUUUGCACUUUCGAGUUUUUGAUUGGUUUUAUAUUCAGAAUCGUUUUGACCUAUUGCUUCACAAUUUUACUCGAGAUUCUUCAUAAAUUGUAAUUAUUAUGGUCAAAAAAAAAAAAUAAUAACUUAACGUAGUAGUUUUAUUUAUAAACAUAUUAAGUUCGAAUGUUGACGAAAAAAGUAAUAAUCACAUUUUAAAACAUAUUUAACCGAAUACUUCGUUAGCAAUGAUUUUUCAUGUAUACAUAAAUAUUUUUUUUAAGAUAUGAAAUACGGUUGUUGUCAGCGGAUUCCACCGAUUUCGAGUGUGUAGACGUCAACGAAUGCAAUACGGUAGAAGUAUGUCACAUGAACGGUUACUGUACCAAUUAUCCUGGAAGCUACUCGUGUUCCUGUAAUCCUGGUUAUGUAGGAAACGGACUAAAGUGUUUACCGUUACGUAAGUAUCUACUAAACAUCUAUACACACUUAUACAAUAAUGAGUAUAUACCAGAGCCGUAGCAAAUGUGAGGCGACUGAGACAUUCGCCUCAGGCGCUGAAGCGCAAUCAUUAUGGGGGCAUUAAAUCUUGAACAUUUUUGUAAACAAAAUAUCCAAACGUAUCUCUUUUACUGUAUAGCUACGCGUGAACGUUUCUUUAGUAAACUUUAAGAUCCACCAUAUGGGCCGAGAGAGGCUAUCAAAUUUAGCUAUUUUAUCUAUAAAUAUUAGAAAAUGAAGUUGCUGGAGAAAUUGAAUACAAGGAUGUUAAUGAUAAAUUAUAGGCAGUCAAAUCGAUUGAGAAGAGUACAAUUGUACCCUAAUUGGUAAACUUUGCACACAUAGGUAGGUACCUAUGUUUUUUGCACAAUCCUCUUUCGUUUAAAACUAUAUUUCAUUUUUUUUUUUUUAUUCAGUACCUAUCUCUGUUAAAAUAAAUAAAUACACGUUUAUCUGAAAAUUCGAUAAAUUAUAGUUUUUAAAACGGUACCUAAGAAUUUUUGUUUAGGUGGGAGCGCCAGGUGCAUAAAAUCAAAUUUGCCCCAGGCACCAGAAUAGCCUUGCUACGGCUUUGUAUACAGGGCGAUUUUUUUUUUUUUACCACGAACCAGUAAUUAUCUCAGAAGAUUUUAAGGAAAUUUGAUUUCUUUUCUAAUUACUAUGCUGUCGUUUAAGCUUUAUUACUCCUACUCCAUAUACCUUAAAGAACUAAUAAGUACAUACUUAUUAUGUUCAAAUAGGAAUCCCUUUUGAACACAGAUUUGAAUAGAGAAUAUUUGUCUAGAUAUGUUGAUAUGCAUAACACUAAUAUCAUAUUUACCGUUUAUAAGAUAUAAGUUUAAAGUUUAGACCGGAGAAGUAGGGAAGGGUAAUAAAUUGCCUAUCUAUAACAGAUAAAACAGAAAUCAAAUUCAUUUAAAAUCCUCCGAGAUAAUUGUUAGGUAGUUCAUAAUAAAAAAAAAUCAUCCUACAUAAUAUAUAUAUAUAUAAAAAUUAAAAAUUGUGGUCGAAUAAAAUGUACUCCACAUUAGCCCCAAGAUGUCGGUCGGGUGGACGUGGUAUACUUGGUUGUCCUGUUGUUAAAGCGUGUUCAACGGGCAGUUGUACGUGUCCUUCGACUUAUACCGAUGUCGGAACUCACUGUGUGCCGCCUCCAGACGAUGGUUCGACCGACGCUGUAGAUGACACGACCACUCAAGAAACGUCCAGUAAGACUUACAAAUUAUUAUGCCCUCUCAAAAAAGAAAGUAAUAACAUAUUGUACAGAGAUGUAAACAAAAAUAAAAGUAGUCGUCUACGAUUUGUUUAGCUCUAAAAAAAAACUAUAAUAACUUUAAGUUAAAUAAUUUAAUUUGAUUAGAGUACACCCAUAGAAAUUAUCAUCGCCGUCUUCGAUAUGCCAUACUGAAAUCAUAUUAUAUUAUAAACGUUUCCCGCGACUUCGUCUGCGUAGACAAUUUUAUGCCUUUUCUGAGGGAUUUAUAAAAGCUUAAUAAAUUAUUGACGUACUUAAAAUGUGAAUAUAUUCCCAGCAACUAGAAAUAGUAAUAUUUUUAAUUAUUAUAAUAAUUAGAUAGGUAACUGAAUAACACGAAAUAUUUUUUCUCGAAAUUAGACAUAUAGAAACAUACAACUAGAAAAAUAAAAUAAAAAGUGAAAAAAGUAUUUAAUUUUAUUAGAAAAAAUGACGCGACACCCAAUCUACUAUCACAGUCUAAUUAAUGGAGUAAUCUAGCCAAAUUUUGUUAUCUACUUACCUAUGUAAAUUGGUGUUCAGUUUGAAAUUUAGAGUUUACAAACAAUACAAACAAAUAGUAAAAUUUUAAAUUCUUAUAUAUAAGUUAAAAUUGUAUGCUACUGUAAACUACAUGAACCAUAAUUUAUAUUAUGCUAUAUACGUAUAUAUAUAUAUAUUUGUAAAAUUAAAAUAAAAUAGCUUUUUUCAAAAAAAAUUACAGCUAUGUAAGAAUCUACAUUCAGUCCUUGAAAAUAUUAUUUUCGUUAAAUUUUGGUAUUUGUAUUUAAAAACUCCAAUUUCAACCAUAACAUCUUGUAUAAUAUUCUAAGUAACUGAAUUUUGCUAUACUAGUUAGAUGUAAUAAUAAAUGAGGGUGUUUGAAUCAUUGAAUGUGUUCAACUUUAUAAAGACCUUUGAAUCCCUUAAGUGUUAAAUUUUGAAAACAUUUUCUUAGUUGUCUACUGUUAUUUAAGAAACCACUUUGCAAAUUUUCAAAUUUCUAGGUCUAGCAGUUUAGCUGUGCAUUAAUACGUCAAUCAGUCAGUUUCUCUUUUUAUAUACAUAGUUUAUAUUAAUAAUAAUUAUUUAUUUAUUUAUUUAUUUAUUAGAAUUAGAAUUUACACAUAAUAUCUGGGUUCCACUCAUCCAUAUGGAUUUUAAAUUGUCCCUACACAGUUGUUUUUUUAUGUUAAUAUUGAAAUUAUUGUAUUUUAUUUUUUAUGUUUGUUGUAGUUUCUUGUGCCGAGAUUAACACGUGUCAUGCCCACGCCCAAUGUAUCUUUGUGGCCUCACAACAGCAACAUAGAUGUCAAUGCAAUCCAGGAUACGAGGGUGACGGAUACGAAUGUUCAAUUAUUGGUGAGGAUACUUAUAUAUUAUAUAAUUUAUUCGUGUUGGUUAAUUUUUAUUUUUUCUAUUGUAGUAUUUUUCUUACUAAAAUUAAAAUACCUAGUUUAUAUAGAUAUAAUCUUUUCCACUCCAAUCUGAAAUGCAUAAAAUUAUCAAAAUAUUAUUCUUGAAAAUGUUAAAGAUUAAAAUGCUCUUGGACAAAUUAUAGUUUGAUAAAUAAAAUAUAUUUUUAUAAUCCAUACUUUUAAACUUUAAGUCAAAUUUUGCUUAGUAAGUAAUCGUAAAAUAAUUGUUAGAAUAUUUUUAUCACAAUUAGUAUUAUUACUAGUAAUUGUAUGCCUGUCAUAAGAUUAUAGUGGAUUUUAUAUUUGGUUGUGAUGUUAAAUCAACAAAGCAUUAGAGAUGGAUCAUGACUUUUGUAUAUAAGAUACAUAGAGAAUAUUAACUUACACAUAUUAUAAAAUAACUAUUCUAUUCUUAAUUUUUUAAUACCAUUGAAUAAAAUAUGAAUGAUCACAAUCAACUUAACACUAACCAAAAUUUGUAUGAAAUGUAUGCAGAAUUUUCAUGUGAAAAGUCAAACAUCUGUGAUAUACACGCUAGCUGUCAGCAAGGCGAAGGAGGUCAUUCAAUGUGUGUUUGCCACAGUGGAUAUGAAGGAGAUGGUACCAGAUGUACACAAACUGGAGAAUGUGAACCUAAUUGUGGCUUAAAUGAGAGGUGUACAUACAACGAAACCAGUUAUAUAUAUAGCUGCGCUUGUUUGGAUGGUUACCAGAAAUAUGAAAAUAAAUGCCAAAGAUCACCACGUAAGAUACAAACCAAAUAUUUAUUUAUAAAAAUAUUUAAACUUAUUGAAAAUUUUUCCAGGGUGUCAAUAUGAAUGUCACAAAUAUGCCAGUUGUGUACAAAAUAACAUGUGUCGUUGUAUUAGCGGAUAUCAAGGUAAUGGUGUCACACAAUGUGAAAGAAUUGUUGAACCUGGAUGUACUGAGAAUUCAUGUCCAACAAAUGCUGAAUGCAUGUACAAUUUGUCUGGUCAUUAUAGUUGUCAAUGCAGACAAGGAUUUACAGGAAAUGGUUACAAUUGUAAAGGUAAUACAAUAAAAAUUAAAUAUUUCACAAUAAACAAUAAUAAAUAACUUAAUAUUUAUUUAAAUUAAAAUAAUUUGUUUUAUAACAUCAAUUUAUAGUAUCUAUAAAAUAGAAUAUUUACAUAAAAUUUAUAUGUAUGUGUAUAAAAAAAAUUAAAUAUAUUUUUUUGUAGCCAAGUGGUUAGAAAAUCACUUCUGCUCAGACUUAUUUUACCCUUAUACUUAAGUAUCAUUUGUUUUAAGAAAUUAAAAAAACAGCAAAAGAAGACAUCUACUUACUCGUAAAUCAAGGGAUGGCAACAUUGCAUAUUUCAACCGUUCCAAACAAAACAAAACUGGGUCAUCCAGUUCACCUGCAAUUUUAUCAAAUAGCGAUUGGUAAAUAUAGAAAACUUAAAAAUUAUUUUAUAGUCAUAGUUAGUAGCAGUAAUGUACAUUUUAUUUUAUAGGCAUUGCAGUUGAUUGCUUAGAAGGGCAGCUUUAUUGGAGUGACAUAACAGGUCAAACAAUCAAGUCAGCUAAAUUGGAUGGUUCAAUGGUACAAGAAUUUAUUGUUACUGACGCAAAAUCAACAGAAGGAUUGGCUUUAGACUGGGUUAAUAGAAAGAUUUAUUGGACUGACUCUGGUUUAAAACGAGUAAUGGUUGCAGAUUUAUCCAAUGGAACCCAUAUAACAACCAUAGCAAAUUCUUCAUUAAGUAAUCCCAGAGGAAUUGCAGUUCAUCCAAAUAGAAAGUAAUACUAAUAAAUGAUUUAAUAAUUUAAUAGACUAAUAUUUUUUAAUUAUCAAUGGUUAGAAAAUUAUUCUGGUCCGACUGGAACAGGAAUAGCCCUAAAAUAGAGUGGUCAGAUUUAGAUGGUAGCAGAAGAGAAAUAUUUGUUCAAGGACCUAAUGUCAAAUUACCAAAUUCUUUAGCUAUAGAUUGGUACACAGAUGAAAUUUGUUGGGCAGAUGCAGGCCUAAAAAGCAUUGGUAAAUAAAUAAUUUAAAAAAAUUAUAUAUAUUUAUAUAUAGAAAUAUAGAGAGAUAACUUCAGUUUUAAUACUAAUUAUCAUACAUAUAAUUGAUCUUUGUUGCUAAAUUACAAAAACUUAAAUUGUUAACGUAUAAUUUAUUAUAAUAUUGCAGAAUGUAUUGGAAUAGACAGUAGAUUACAACGGACUGCUGUUGCUAACUGUAGUUAUCCUUUUGGAUUGACCAUUACCCAAGAUAACUAUUAUUGGACUGACUGGAUAUCGUAUGUGAUCUCAUAUAUUUUAUUAAAAAUAAACAAAUAUAUUUACACAUACUUUUUUUUUCAGAGAAAAAAUUGAAUAUAUUGGAAGAUAUGAAAAAGUGAAAAAAGAACAUUUACCUGUACCGUUAGUCAGUAAUGGUAAAUUGUAUGGUAUAACAGCAGUUACCGGAAAAUGUCCCUAAUAUACAAGACUGAAUAAAUUAUAAUUUAUAGCUCAAGCAUUAAAACUAUAAUAUGCUAAUAUAACUAUAAUUCAGUCAAAUUUGUUUUAUUUUAAUUAUAAGUAUAUAAAUAAUAAAAUAUAAACAUCUACCAUGUUCAAAUUGGUUUAUAUAGAAGAGUGGUGACAAAUUUUUUACGAUAUCUGUGUGUGGCACUCAACACCAUGACUCCAUCUUUAAUUGAAAGAGCAUACAAAUGGUUGAGCAUCACAUGGUUUGGUUCUGGAAGAAUCGUUGGUUCCAACUAUAAACACAAAAUAUAUUAUAAAAAUGAAUUGACCAUAAAAAAAUUGUAUAGAUUAAAAUUACCGAAAUCGGAGUGUCUUUAUUUAGGAUCACUUGUAGAAGAUGUGGUGGUAGAAUAGGUGGCCCAGGAAUUUUUUGCCAUGGAACUGAUGAAGGAAUUUCUUGUGAAAAGCCAGCUGAAUAAAAAACAAUUUAUUAUUAGUAAAAUAUGAGAUUAGAUGAGAUAGCUAGUUAAGAAAUGUAUAAACAUA